CUCAGCGCGCAGCCGCCCACCCAGCCAGCAUGGUUUGAUGCUUAAACUUCAGCAGAACAUCGGGAAUACUUUUUAUCAUCACCAUUUCGCGCUCAGUCUUUGCUGAGCUUUCAUACCGAGUGCCUGCCAAUAUACCUUUGGAAGCAGAUUGUUUCAUUGCCAUCAGAGACAAGAAAUAAAAACAGAAAGCUUCUUCUGAGAAUUUACAAUUUAUCCAUUUUUGUAAAGGCUUGGAUCAUCGGAUUGCAUGAAUAGAUGCAGAGCGUGGUUCGUAGUCAUCCUGCAGAAACAAGCCACCUAUUUUUUAGGGAGAUGAGCAUUGCUUAAGAGGAACCUAAUGCUGGACUGAGGGCAGACUGGACACCAUAGUGACGCAUUAUCUACUCUUCAGGAGUGACCGUGCCCGUUCUAGGCCCGUGGGGAGCGCACCAUGGCCCUGACCGACGCAAGUGGUGACCCUCUGGCCCACAGCAAUAAAGGCAACCACCCUCUCAGUGCCAAUGGGAAUGCAGCUCCAAGCGCCAGCAGCGUUCAGGAUCCUCUCACAGCUGCUUCUAGUGGUGAAUGCCUCACAGCUGAGGGCGAUGAUGGAACCGCCGUUGUAGACAAAGCCUCAAAACUGCAGCAGAGAUCACACCAGAGAGCUGGCAGGCAGAGUCAAAACGGUGGUGUGGUCAAACAGAACGGUUCCCUGAAGAAUCUUCCCCCAUCGCCAGCUUCCUCUCCAUCCCCUGUCACAGAUUCACAGAGACCGGCCCGACAUCACUUUUCCUCCACCCUGUCUCCACCACCUUCCUCUCCUCCUCUCCAGCCCCAACCACUCUGCUGCCAACACUGCCACUUCCACUCCACCCUGUGCUGCCCCUGUGGACAGCAGGAGUGUCCACUCUUCCAGAGUCCAGGUCCAGGGCCCGGCUCCAGUCCACACCCAGGGACCGCUCCGUCCUGCCCAUGCUGCCUCUCUGCCUGCACAUACUCACAUCAGCAACCUCUCUCUCUUCAUCAUCAGCGCUGGCAAGAUCACCUCCAGGGCCAGACGCAUGCGUCAGGAAUCAGCCCUGCACGGCCUUUUCGAUUCCCCAAAAGCUAUGCUGAGCUGAUAGCUGAUUGGCCAGUGGUUGUGCUCGGCGUCUGCACAGUGCUCAUUGUUAUUUGUGCCCUGGUGGGCAUCCUGGUGCCUGACCUGCCUGAUUUCUCUGAUCCACUGCUGGGUUUUGAGCCACGGGGAACUGCCAUUGGCCAGCGACUGGUCACAUGGAACAAUAUGGUGAAGAAUACAGGCUACAAAGCCACGCUGGCCAACUACCCCUUCAAAUAUGCCGACGAACAAGCCAAAAAUCAUCAAGAGCCCAGAUGGCCGGAGGAUCACUUUGACAGAGAAAAACGGCAGGCGGAGUGGGACUUCAGUAAAGAAUUCUUCUGUGAUGUACCUGGUGACAGAUACUCUCGGCUGGUGUUUGCGUCAGCCGAAGGGAAGAAUAUGUGGAAUAUUCACAUCAUCAAAUCAAUGUGCAUUCAGGACAACGUGAGAGUGCGCUCUCACCGUGACUACUGGAGUCUUUGUCAGCGCACCAACGCUGACUCCUGUUGCCCAAGCUGGACACUUGGUAACUACAUCGCCGUCCUCAACAACCGGUCAUCCUGUCAGAAAAUCACAGAACGCGAUGUGUCCCACACACUGAAGACCCUCCGCUUAUGUGCCAAGUUUUACCACAACGGCACGCUGGGACCCGACUGCUGGGACAUGGCCCUGCGUCGAAAAGACCAGCUGAAGUGCGCCAGUGUGCCCCGGAAGUGCACCAAGUACAACGCCAUCUACCAGAUCCUUCACUUCCUGGUAGACAAAGACUUCCUCAGCCCCAAGAGCCUGGAGCACUCACAUCCUGUGCUCAAGUACAGCAUGCUCUUCUCCCCCACAGAGAAAGGAGAGUCUAUGAUGAACAUUUACCUGGACAAUUUUGAGAACUGGAACUCAUCAGAUGGCAUCACCACGGUGACAGGCAUCGAGUUUGGCAUCAAACACGACCUCUUUCAGGACUACCUCCUCACGGACACGGUGUACCCCGCCAUAGCCAUAGUGAUUGUCCUGCUGGUCAUGUGUGUCUACACACGGUCAGUGUUCAUCACUCUUAUGACCAUAAUUGCGAUCAUCAGUUCACUGAUUGUGUCCUACUUUCUUUAUCGAAUGGUUUUCAACUUUGAGUUCUUCCCCUUCAUGAACCUGACGGCCCUCAUCAUCCUCGUUGGCAUCGGGGCAGAUGACGCCUUUGUGCUUUGUGAUGUGUGGAACUACACUAAGUUUGAUAAACCGCACGCUGAGUUGGCAGAGACGGUCAGUGUGACCCUACAGCAUGCUGCUCUCUCCAUGUUCGUCACCAGCUUCACCACGGCCGCAGCUUUUUAUGCCAACUACGUCAGCAACAUCACCGCCAUACGCUGCUUCGGGGUCUACGCUGGCACUGCCAUUUUGGUCAAUUAUAUCCUCAUGGUGACGUGGCUGCCUGCCGUGGUGGUGCUACAUGAACGCUACCUGCCCAGCGUGUUCUCCUGUUCCAAGCCUCCGCACCAGCAAAGACGUUUCUGCUCUCAAGUGUUCUGGGCCGGUCUUUGCCAGAAGGCCAACAAAUGCCUGUUCAAAGUCUCCGAGGCGUCACGGAUCUUCUUCGAGAAGGUCCUGCCCUGUAUCAUUAUCAAGCUUCGCUACCUCUGGCUCCUCUGGUUCCUUGCCAUCACAGUUGGGGGGGCAUACGUGGUUUGUGUGAACCCAAAGAUGAAGCUCCCAUCCCUGGAGCUGGCAGAGUUCCAGGUGUUUCGAUCCUCUCACCCUUUUGAGCGCUACGAUGCAGAGUACAAAAAACUGUUCAUGUUCGAGAGAGUUCAUCACGGUGAGGACCUUCACAUGCCAAUCACAAUUGUUUGGGGGAUUAUUCCUGUAGAUAAUGGGGAUCCCCUCAACCCCAAAAAUAAGGGAAAGCUGAUGUUGGAUAGCAGCUUUAACAUAGCCAGUCCAGCAGCUCAACUGUGGAUCCUCAACUUCUGCCAGAAGCUGAGAAACCAGAGCUUCGUCUUUCAGUCUGAUGAGCAGGACUUCACCAGCUGCUUCAUCGAGACAUUCAAACAGUGGAUGGAGAACCAGGACUGUGAAGAGGCCUCUGUCUACCCCUGCUGCAGUCAGUCCACUUUUCCAUAUAAGCAGGAUGUAUUUGAGUUGUGCAUCAAGAGAGCCAUAAUGGAGCUGGAUCGGAGUACGAGCUACCAUCUGGACAGCAAGACCCCAGGACCUCGAUUUGACAUCAAUGACACCAUUAGAUCCAUAGUUUUAGAGUUUCAGAGUACUUACCUCUUCACUCUGGCCUAUGAGAAGAUGUACCAGUUCUACCGUGAGGUGGAUGCCUGGAUCACGGAGGAGCUGCGCUACGCCCCAGCAGGCCUUAGUCAUGGCUGGUUUGUCAGCAACCUGGAGUUCUACGACCUCCAGGACAGCCUGUCAGGUGGCACUCUGGUUGCCAUGGCGUUGUCUGUGGCGGUUGCUUUCAGCGUCAUGCUGCUAACCACCUGGAAUGUCAUCAUCAGUCUGUACGCCAUCCUGUCCAUCGCGGGGACCAUAUUUGUCACCGUUGGCUCGCUGGUGCUUCUGGGCUGGGAGCUGAAUGUCUUGGAGUCUGUCACCAUCUCUGUUGCAGUUGGACUGUCGGUGGACUUUGCCGUCCACUAUGGCGUGGCAUACAGACUAGCUCCAGAGCCCGACCGUGAGGGGAAGGUGAUUUUUUCCCUCAGUCGGAUGGGCUCUGCAAUCGCUAUGGCAGCACUGACCACCUUUGUUGCCGGGGCGAUGAUGAUGCCCUCGACUGUGUUAGCCUACACUCAGCUGGGUACGUUCAUGAUGCUGAUCAUGUGCAUCAGUUGGGCCUUCGCCACUUUCUUCUUCCAAUGCAUGUGCCGCUGCCUGGGCCCCCAGGGCACCUGUGGUCAGAUACCACUGCCCAAAAAGCUGCAGUGUCAGGUCUUCACCAAAGCCACAACCACAACCCCUCCUCCUCAAGGGAAGAGCUCUGGGAAAUACCAGCUGGAUACCCGGGCUGGGGAGGUGGAGCACUAUGAGUUGGAGCCACUGGCAUCCAGUCAGAAAACAGAAGAUAAACCACGAGAAGAAGACGAGUUGUGCACUCAGCUGUAUAACGGCAUCCCUCCUCACCACCUCACUGCUACAUUUUCACACAUCCACUAUAAGAGCUCUGAAACUGGCAGAACUGGCCCAGAAAAUGGACUUGUAGCCAUGCUCAAUGCCCCAUCCAGGUGUCAGUACUCUCAAAACACAAACUGUACAUGUGGGGAUCCUCCUCCUCCUCCUCACCUGCUUCAGCAGUGGACUCCACACUCCUGUGCUCAGCCUCCCCAUGAUUCUCUUUCCUGUCCUCCCACUCCACAGCUUUUCCCCCUUUCAGGAAACACCCCAAACAAACAAAACAAAGCUUUAGUACCUACAAACCUGGACCCUGUCUACACACACAUGGGGUGCCGUGUGCACUAUGUUCACUGCCCCCUUACUCAUUUCCAUCACUGCUCCCAGGGAAGAGUAGUGACCCCGAGGCAAGGACCUGCUCAUACCUGCCACCUCAGGAAGUACUGUGUCCACUCAGCCAGGGAACAGAGAUCCACAACCUCAAACCAGGACACAAGCUCAGCUCCAGGACCAGUCACUGGCUCUGAGACUGAGGGAGGAGAAGACUUUCAUAGACAUGAAAUGAGCCCCUCAAGUCCAGAUCGUAGCCAAAAUAUAAUCAGCGAGGCCUCAGCGCUUCCCCACACUCUGUGUCCCCCUUCCCCACCUCACACAACCUGUCAUGACAGACAGAAGAUGAAGGACAGAGACAUCUGCUGUGGAGAAAAUCCUGCAGCUGCCACAAUCACAGACACAGUGACACAUAGUGACGCUAGCAAAAUCCCUGGCAACCAGGAGGAGCGCAACAGUGUUCUCGUCACGCGGGAGGAAAGUCUCAAAAAGUGCAAGCAGAACUCAAAAAGAGAGCGGGCGUCCUCCGCCUCCCCAAAGAAACUCUACUGUUUUAACAGGACGUUGAAAGUGAAGUGCAAUUCAGCUUCAGAGUUUAAUGUGCCAAAAAAUGAAGCCAGCGUGCCUCCUAUUCUAGUAAACACUCAUCCCUCAUCUGAAACUGUAUGCUGACCAGAAAUCCAUCUUUUAAUGAAACAAUCCAGAAGAAAUAGCAAAUAUAAAAAAGACAAAAAACGUGACAUGUUCAACAUCUCUGUGCAUUCAUACAAAGGGGGGGUUUGUUGUUGACCAAGUGCCUGUAUGUUUUCUGCUUUGUUCUCACCAGUUCUUCACAUACCAGAUUAUGUUGGUUUUUACAGUUUAAGAUUUCUCAACUAGGGAUGGGAACUGAGAACUAGUUCCAAAUUUUCCAAAGCAUGAGAGCUCCUUUAUUCCUCCACUGAUGUCGACAGCUGCUGGCAAAUGAUUUCAAAUCAACAUCUUCUUUUUCUAAUGUGAAAAACAAAAUCUGAUCCACCUGAUUUUGCUCCUUCAGCAGCAGUUUUGUGCUUUUAGAGCAUUUAUAGGAAGCUGUAAGGAAAUUUCUAAGAUUCUCUCUGGAGCAUCAUUGUGCUUGUAAAUCUGGCCAAAAUGACGCACAGACAUAUUUUACUUAUCUGAAUGGUGUAUUGGAGUGGUUGCAAUGUAACGUUGUUGUUUUAUUACAGCUGAAUUACAGCUGACUUGUAGCUUUCAGGACUUUUUGGCCAUGUGACAAAAAACAGAGAAAUGUGUCGGUAAAAACAGCUUUUUUUAAUACAGUGAGCACAGGGAAAAGGAGAAGAGCAAACCUGUUAAAUAUGAGUGAACCCACAGAUUACAGCUUACAACAGU